GCAUCAGCAGAGGAAAGGGGCACCAUCAUUUUCAUAGAGAAAAGAAAGAAAAGGCACAAAUAGAUAAGCAAAACAGGGAGGAAGAGACAGAAGGAGCUGACAGAGAAAAGGAGCAUCACUCCGCAGAGUGGAGACCAGCAGGAGGGCGUGGACCUGGUUUGAAGAGGUACUCUGAAGGAGAGAGGAAAAGAGAGAGCUAGGACAAGAGAGUUCAAAGACAUAUGAGGCAAAGCCAAGGCCUCUUGCACAAGAAUCAUAGCCUCACACCUGCUCAGCACUAGUGUGUGAGUGAGAUUGCUCUCAUUUUACUGUAAGUGUGUGAGCAGGUGGGACUUUGAUGGGACAGUGAGCAAUGCCUCACAUGCAGCGACAGCAGGUUGGCAGUAGGGGGCAGUGCUCCAGCUGCCUCCUCCCCCUUGUCCUCAUCCUCCUCUCCCUUGCCACCCAGCCCAGCCAAGCAGCCAUACAAAUACCCCCCAACUACCACAUAAGUGAUUUCAGGAGGCCUCCAGUGAUCACCACACAGCCGGAGUCUGUCACCGUAUUUAGCGUUGAAGACCUCGUCAUGAGCUGUGAAGCCUCCGGCAACCCUCCACCCAUCUUCCGAUGGACAAAGGACGGAGAAGACUUUGACCCAGGCAGUGACCCAGAGUUGAAGGUUUCUGAACGCUCUGGCUCAUUCGCAUUCUAUACACUUAGCAACACCAUGGACACACUGACCAAAUACCAAGGCAAAUAUGUUUGCUAUGCAUCCAAUGAGCUGGGGACAGCUGUGUCUAAUGAGGCCAUACUCAACACGGAUGUUCCCCCUUCCCAGCAGAAAGAAAAAAAGGUUGAUAUCAGGGUUGAAGAGGGAAACAGUACUACUCUGAAGUGUAACCCCCCACAAAGCUCUAUGGAGCCAAUCAUUCACUGGAUGGACUUGAGGUUGCGUCAUAUUGAGCUUAGUAAGCGGGUGAUGCUGGGGAAGGACGGCAACCUGUACUUUGCCAGUUUGGACAUUUCGGACAGCAGGGAUGACUACACUUGCAACGUCCAGUACCUGGCAACUCGCACGAUUCUGGCGAAAGAGCCCAUCACUCUGAAAGUCGUCCCCUCCAACUCGAUACUACGGAACAGGAGGCCCCAAAUGAUGAGACCUGCAGGAAAGCACAGCACGUACCAUGCCCUCAGGGGACAGACACUAGAGCUUGAGUGCAUCGUCCAAGGCCUUCCAACCCCUGAAGUGUCGUGGCUGAGGAAGGAUGGCGAGCUCUCGGAAAGUAGAACCAGCAAAGAUAUGUUUGACCGCCGCCUGCGCUUCACUAAUAUCUCGGAAAGUGACGGGGGCGAAUACCAGUGCAUAGCUGAGAACUCCCAGGGGAAGGCCACACACACUUACAUGUUGACUGUGGAAGCUGCACCUUAUUGGGUCAAGGAGCCAGUCAGUCAGUUAUAUGCCCCAGGUGAGACAGUCAAACUAGACUGUCAGGCAGAUGGCAUUCCCUUUCCUACUAUCAGCUGGACCAUCAAUGGGGUCCCCAUCUCAGAAGUUGAUAAGGACUCCAGUCGUACCCUGACAGCAAGCGGGUCUUUGAUCCUAGAGGACGUGAACUUCAGAGACACUGCCAUCUAUCAGUGCUGGGCUUCCAACAAACACGGAACCAUCCUCACGAACACCAAUGUUUAUGUCAUUGAGUUACCUCCCCAGCUCCUUACCGAAGAUGGGAAUACAUACGCGUAUACAGAGGGCCAGAAGGCUUUACUGGAGUGUGAGACGUUUGGCUCUCCUAAACCAAAAGUAAUAUGGGAAAGAAAAAACAGCAGCUCCUCCCUUCUAGCAGAUCCCAGAGUUAACCCUCUUGCCAAUGGGUGGCUGGAGAUCUCUAAUGUCACGCAGAGUGAUGACGGGAUCUACACCUGCACUGUGCCAAAUACCAAUUUGUCAAUCAGUGCUGAGUUGGAAAUAUUCAAUAGGACAGUGAUACUGUCACCCCCACAGGCUCUGAAGGUGCAGCCUGGCCACACAGCAAUCUUCACCUGCCUUGCCCUUGUUGACCCCAGACUCGACUUUCCUUUCAUUCAGUGGAGAAAGAACAACCAGAAGCUGGCUGAUUCCAACAGUGAUGAAAAGUACACAAUGGAAGGAUCAGAUCUCAUAAUAGCUAAUGUGCAACUUGAGGAUGAGGGCGUGUACACUUGUGAGAUCAUCUCUAAGUUGGAUGUAGCAGAAGCCAGGGGCACCCUCACCUUAUGUGAUCGUCCAGACCCUCCUAUCCUCCUACAGAUCUCUGAUCCUAAGCAUCGUGAAGUCACUCUCAGCUGGACUCCUGGAGAUGACCACAACAGCCCAGUGACAGAGUAUGUGGUAGAGUUUGAGGAGCAAGGUUCGAAAGAGAGGGGUUGGGAAGAGCUGAAGAGAGUUAGUGGAAACAAAGAGCGUGCUGAUCUCACCCUGUGGCCCUACAUGUCCUAUCGUUUUCGGGUUAUUGCCAUCAAUGAUGUGGGCAAGAGCAACCCCAGCAAGCCGUCUGAAAUACACAGUACACCUGCUGAAGCUCCAGAUACUAACCCAGAAGAUGUUCGGAGUGAUUCCAUCAACCCAAACACUCUCGUCAUCACCUGGGAGAAAAUGGACAAACGGAACUUCCAUGGACCUGACUUCAAGUACUGUGUGCAGUGGAGACGAGCGGUGGGAGGUGGGCCUGACUGGCACGAGAAGAAUGUAACGGACCCGCCAUUCCAUGUUGACAAUGUUGGCAACUUCUCUGCGUUUGAGAUUAAAGUCCAGGCUUUCAAUGAAAUAGGGAGGGGACCUGAGCCAGACCCAGUCAUAGGCUACUCAGGAGAAGAUGUUCCUUUAGAGGCCCCAAUGGAUGUGGGUGUUGUACUAUUAAACAGCACUACAAUCAAAGUGACCUGGGCACCUAUAGAUAAAGAGACGGUCAGAGGACACCUGCUGGGAUACAAGAUCCACUACACCAGGACAGGGUCUAAGGGCCAUCACCGAGGCCGAAGGGCUAGAGAGUUAGAAAGCAUGGUGGUGGAUACGGAGCCCAACGAGCAGAAGAAAGUGAUCAGUGAUCUGAGACCGUUCUCCCACUAUUCCCUGGAAGUGGCUGUAUACAACAAAAAGGGAGAGGGACCCCGCUCCGAGGCGUUGACCUUCGAGACUCCGGAGGGAGUUCCUGGUCCUCCCUUGACCCUGACUCUAGACAGCCCAUCAGAGACAGAAAUGACCCUCCGCUGGACACCUCCUGGCCAGCCCAAUGGAGUGCUUGUUGGAUAUCUACUGCAGUACCAAGAGAUUACAGAGACUGAUGACAGCCCCAUGCAGGUGGAGGAAAUAGAUGGCGCCGCAGUCACCCACUUCACCCUGAAGAACCUGGACCGUGACAGCCACUACCGUUUCUACGUUAGGGGGCGCACUGCCACUCGGCAUGGAGUGCCUAUCAUGAUGAAGGGUGCCACCACACUGGAUGGAGUAGCUCCCACCAACAUCAGCCUGUCUGUGGGGGAAAACUCAGUUAACUUUAGCUGGGUCGUCAAAAAGAGACACAGGAAUGUUGGCUUCCAGAUCCACUACCUCAACAAGAAUGAUGGCAGUAAAUGGAAGAAGACGGAGAAGGUGAACUCUUCUCAGUCUUUCUACCAGCUCCAGGGCUUGACUCCUGGCUCCCAUUAUUUAUUACGCUUCAUCUACAACAACGAAACUUUCUAUAAGACUGACAUCGAGACAGAAGGAACAGGAGUAACAGAGAUGCAGCCAAGCUUUGCAACGCAGGGCUGGUUCAUUGGCGUUGUGAGUGCCAUUGGCCUGUUGUUGUUGAUCCUGCUCAUUCUCUGCUUCAUUAAGAGGAGUAAAGGGGGAAAAUACUCAGUUAAAGAUAAAGAGGAGGGUCCAAUGGACUCAGAAGCACGGCCUAUGAAGGAUGAAACUUUCGGAGAGUACAGAUCUCUAGAAAGUGAUCUUGAGGAGAAGCGAACAGCCAGCCAGCCGUCCCUGUGUGAGGGGAGCAAGCUCUGCAGUGAAGACAACCUGGACUACAAUGGCAGCAGUGCCAUGACCACAGAGCUCAACAUGGAUGAGUCUCUGGCCAGCCAGAUCAGUCGUCCCAGUGGGGGUCCCGAAGGUUUCCACGGCCUGCCAGAUAACUCCCCGCUCAACCCCACUUCCUUCUCCCCUGCCACCAAUGGCGUGCCCAACUCAGUCACCAUCCUCGAUUAACCCCCACACAUCCACCGGGGACCAUCAGACCAAAAUAUGUCAACACGUAUGUGCCCAUAUGCUCCUGUUCCCUACUGACUUGCUGAUCUGUACUUCGACGACUAAUAAACAAUCAUAUUCAGAUGUCCCUGGUAGUCAUCUGAUUGACUAGACUGUUGACCAAAGGAGUGUCCAAAGUAGUGGAUAACAAUAGUGAUUUAAGCCUGACUGACAUGAACAUGUCCUUUGACCUCCCCUCAUUUUCCUGUGCAGUUUACAACUAAUGAAAAUGACUAACAUUCAUUUCUCUCCCUCUUCUCUCUUUCUCUCAGCAAACAACACUGCAGAAGCAUAAAGACAGAAUGUUGUACAGUUAGAAAUAUCAGGGGUUGUGUAGGUAUGGUCAUGUAGAGAUGCAGAGUAGUGCGUUUAAAGUGAAGGAUGAUGGUGGAACCCAGUGUAGGGAAACAGACAGCUCACAUGCUGCUGUGAAAAAAAAUUCUUGAAUCGUAGAUAUGAAUCAUGUCUGAUGUACUUCCCACAUGAUUUUGUAUGUCUAAUGCCAUUUGAUGUCUUCGAUUGUACUUGACAGUGGCUUUUUUUUUUGUUUGUUUUCUUACAAAUGUGUUUGAAUACAAAACAUCUUUUUUUUGUUGUUGUUGUGUCAUUUUUGUUAUGUAAUCAUUUUUUUCAUAUUGUUUUCUACGCAAUUUCUAUAAAACCUACAACAUAUUUCAUAGAUCGACAUGUUUUCAGUAAAAUCCAGUGAAGCCAAGUUUCUUACCAUUUGGAUGCAUUAAGUGGAACUUGCUGUGAAAAUGCUGAGUAGCAUCUGGUGUAUAUAGCUGCAUCUACACUUACCUAUUUAGCCAUAAUACAGUAUUAUAGAUAUGUACAUGAUCCUUAUAAGUUCCUGUGCCUGCUGGGUCUGCAUAAAGCACCAGAUUGAUGUCAUUACUCUCUCGCCUUCCCACCAGAAGUGUAAUGUCAUUAUUGGAAAUGAUGUAAUUUUUUUUGUGUGUGUCAUGGCCUAUGUGUAGCUUUCUGUAUCUUUGUCUUUGUCUCUUUCUACACUGUAUUAAAACAUUGUUGUCUCUACUUAACAAUCUUUCAUACCUGUUCAUCUCAUACUAAACAAACUGAGGAGCAGUAUUUAUGUAUAUUUCAGAUUAGAGAGUGGCCUCUAGUAGGAAAACACUCUCAAGUUUUAUUUUCAAACCUUUCUCAAUGCAAGCUGAUAUUGUAGACAGUUGUAAAGGCUGCAAUUUGAUAUAUGAUAAAGGUAAAAAAGUAGUUGUUUAUAUCAAACAGAGAAUGUAUUCUUUUCAGGGCUAGGCAGACACUAUUUACUUGCUUUUGAAAAUAAUCUGAGCUAAAAGGUACUGGAGAGUAAAGUCAUAAGAAGAGCCAGGACUAUUUGUUUUCCCUCUGACUGUAAAUACAACCCUCACAGAACCAUGUUUGAUAUGAAAAUGUGAAAAAUGUGCAGGUUUAAAGCCACUUCACUUAAUUUUUGAAAUGUUGCAAAUUGUAGUUUUUCCUCCUCUGUGCUAUUGCUAUGAAUUCAACCUUUUCUGUUAUUGAAAAAUGAUCGCAGUGAGAUUUGGGUGUAGCAAAAAUACUUCAUAGUUGAAUAAAGGAAGAAAAAAAUAAAAAAGGAAAAAAAAAAAGCAACAUUGUUAUGUAGAUGUUUUUGCAAACAUAUCAAAAAUUGAAAAUUAAAAAAAAAAGUCCAUUUAGUGUCCUUUAGUGAAAGUAGUUACACUUAGAGCUAAGAUUGCGCUCAUGCCCUUAAUCAUCCAGCAAUGCAGUGAAGUGAAUAUCUGUGGAGUUUUUGUCUGAUGCAGUUAUGCGGGGCAGAAAUGCAGUGAGCCAUGGGGAACUCUUAUAUGCAAUACUCUCCCUUCCCAAAUAAAAGCAUGCCACUGGCCCAAUAUCAACCGACAAUCUCUGAGGUAGUAUAUGAGAUGUCUAAAAAGGCUAGUGGUGCUGAAGGAGGUAUGUGUAAGCUCCCUGUUGUUGGUUAAACAGACACACUCAGGACAAAUAAAGCUUUUUAAAAAAAAAAAAAAUCUAUUUUCAUACAGGAGCGAUGAAUGACACAAAAUAUGC